AUCCCCCUUCCUCUUCCCAUCUCUCUCACCAAUCUCUCUUCCCUUUUCUCUCCAAUGGCCAACCAUCAUCUAAAGCUGGCAUCUUUCUUGCUUCUUCUUCUCAACUUCACAACCUUAAUCAACGCUCAGCUCUCCCGGAACUUCUACUCCAAGACCUGCCCCAACGUUGAGUCCAUAGUCAAGCAAGCAGUAACAGCAAAGUUCCAGCAAACCUUUGUCACUGUCCCUGCAACUCUGCGUCUCUUCUUCCAUGAUUGUAUGGUCCAGGGCUGUGAUGCUUCAGUGAUGAUAGCAUCAACAGGGAACAACAAGGCUGAGAAAGAUCACCCGGAUAACCUCUCAUUGGCCGGAGAUGGUUUCGAUACCGUGAUCAAGGCUAAGGCCGCCGUCGACGCCGUCGCUCAGUGCAAGAACAAGGUCUCUUGUGCCGAUAUUCUUGCACUCGCCGCCCGCGAUGUUGUAUCUUUGGCAGGAGGACCGCAUUAUGAGGUGGAGUUGGGGAGAUUGGAUGGGUUGAGUUCAACCGCAUCAAGUGUUACUGGGAAAUUACCACAACCAACAUUCAAUUUGGAUCAACUCAACUCACUAUUUUCACAAAACAAGCUUUCACAGACUGAUAUGAUUGCUCUUUCCGGUGCGCACACACUCGGUUUCUCGCACUGCAGUCGGUUUGCGAACCGAAUCUAUGGGUUCAGCAAGGCGAACCCGAUCGACCCGAGCUUGAACCAAGCUUAUGCGAAACAAUUACAGGGUAUGUGCCCUAGAAAUGUGGAUCCAACCAUAGCCAUCAACAUGGACCCAGUCACACCUCGGACUUUUGAUAACCAGUACUACAAGAACUUACAACAAGGGAAGGGUCUAUUUACAUCGGACCAGUCCUUAUUCACUGAUUCAAGGUCACAAGGCACUGUGAAUGCAUGGGCCCAAAGUUCGGCGACCUUUAACCAGGCCUUCAUUGACGCAAUGGGCCGAUUGGGCCGGGUUGGUGUGAAGACCGGAAGUAACGGUAACAUACGCCGUGAUUGUUCUGUGUUCAAUUAGGGGAGGGUGUAAUGGUAAUUUUGUAAGGGAUGGGGAUUUAUAUAUUUUUGUUGAUUGGAAUAAUUGCAGUCACGUGGAAAGCACGUGAUUCGUGGUAUUAUUUGGAUAACUCCUGUUUUAAAUAAUAAUAUUAAUAUUCUGUA